AAAUCAAUGGCAUAAGGAACCAUUGACGACCAGCAUACGAGCGCAUUCAGGCAUGCUUCCAUCCCAAGACUCUUUCAGAAACACUCUUUACUAUACCCGCUGUUUCUUCUCUGAGCGUCACCGAGAAGAAACCGAGAGAAAGAAAGAGAGAGAGAGAGAGGCUGACAAACUGACUACCGCUACCUGCUGGAAGCGAACGCACUGACUGGGAGGAGGAGGAUAUUGAAACACGCUCUCUCAACCGAGCAACAAGACAAUAAAAACAGCUACAACAAAACCCCACAGUUAGAGAAGAGUUGUGUGUGGUUUCCAGACGGCAAAGAGGACUAAUAAUCACCAUUACCAUUGACCCAACGCCAUCAGAAAACCCAGGAGUGAAUUUAUAGCCAUGUAUUUGAAUAGAGAAGAGAACAAUAGCAAAGCAGGCUCCUUGUCCCUCAGUGUGCUUCUGGUGUCUCUAGCAGUCACCGUGUGUACUGUCUGGCUGGUGGCUCUGUGUGGCGUCUGUGGCUGGUGUCAACGCAAGCUGGGGAAGAGGAAUAAGCCAGGACUGGAGACGGCUGGUACUUCAGAGGCGGGUCGUGGGCGAGGAGGAGAGAAAAAAGCCAUCAACGAUCUAGACAGAGACUUUUGGAAUAACAAUGACAGCAGCAGCUCAGUACAGGGGAGGAGGUGGAGCUCCUAUCCAUCCAAGGAGUUCCUACUAAACAUUUCUCCCAAUGCCCCACACGGAGAUCAGCGCCUCACACUCAAUGGGGAAGUGCCAGGUGGGCAGACAGGGGCAUCGGUAGCGUUGGGGGGGAGAGGGGAUGGGGAGGGUCCGGCGGGUCCCAAUGACAGUAUGAAGAUGAUGCCUGGCGGUACCAGCAUGGUGAUGUCGGGGGGCAAGGCCGGGAGGUGGCAGGCGGUCCAGAGCCACAUGCAAGCGGGAGGACUCAGACCCACCAAUUUUGGAGACUCAGUAGGUGCUCUGUCCUCUGCCUCCACCCUGGAUCCCCUCCCCUCAGCUGGGCCGCUGGCUCGGCCACGCACCCUGCUACGUCAGCAGAGUCUCCAGCAGCCAUUCAUUCACCCACCUGCCCCAAGCCUCACCCAGCUCCCACCCACCUCCUCACAGAGCCUGGGAGAGCUAUACCAGGUAACCCCGCCGGGGCACGGCCAUCCUGAGGGAGGCGGGGGCAGUGAAGGAUGUGGGGUAGGAGGUGGGGGCACUCGAGGAGGUCCCAGGAGGGUGCGAGGGAGCCCGGCAGGGGCAGGCACUUCACAAUACAGGGGAGGAGGAGGAGGAGGAGGAGGAGGAAGAGGAGGAGGAGGAGGAGGAGGUGGAGGAAAUCCUGGAUCCUGGGAUCACAUGAUGGGCCAGUUGAAAAACAGAGGCCUGGAUGCCAAGUCCUUCCUCGAAGGGAAGAUGGUGGUUCUUUCUUUGGCUAUUGGUUUGGCAGAGCAAGAUGACUUUGCCAAUAUCCCUGAUCCAAUCACCUCCAUGCAGGAAGCUCCAACAGCCAAUCAGGAAGCACUUCCUCCUCCUCCUGACAAGAGGGGCGUGUGCAACAAGCCAGGCAACAGUCCCAAGGGCCAUCCCCCCGACGGACACUCCUCAGUCACCGAUCUGGCCAACUCACUCACCGGAGACAUGGUCAUGUUGUCCCCAGGCUCUGAGGAUGACGACGGUGAAGGUCCUAUCUGUGAGAAGCUGGGGCGGAUCCAGUUCUCGGUUGGCUACAGCUUCCAGGACUCCACCCUGACCGUCAAGAUUCUCAAGGGUCAGGAGCUCCCUGCCAAGGACUUCUCUGGGACCUCUGACCCCUUCGUCAAGCUCUACCUGCUGCCGGACAAGAAGCACAAGCUGGAGACCAAGGUGAAGAGGAAGAACCUCAACCCUCACUGGAACGAGACCUUCCUGUUCGAGGGUUUCCCGUAUGAGAAGGUGAGGGAGAGGACUCUGUACCUCCAGGUGUUGGACUUUGACCGGUUCAGUCGUAACGACCCCAUCGGGGAGGUUUCCAUCCCUCUCAACAAGCUCAGUGACUUGGGACACAUGCAGACCUUCUGGAAGGAGCUCAAACCCUGCAUGGAUGGAGCUGGGAGGCGAGGGGACCUGCUGGUGUCUCUGUGCUAUAACCCAACAGCCAACACCAUCACUGUGAACAUCAUCAAAGCACGUAAUCUCAAAGCCAUGGACAUUGGAGGAACAUCAGACCCCUAUGUGAAGCUGUGGCUGAUGCACAAGGACAAGCGCAUUGAGAAGAAGAAGACUGUGACCAUAAAGUGUUGUCUCAACCCCGUCUUCAAUGAGUCUUUCCCCUUCGAGGUUCCGGCCCACGUCCUCCGGGAGACCACCAUCAUCAUCACCGUAAUGGACAAGGACCGGCUCAGCCGCAACGACGUCAUCGGCAAGAUCUACUUAUCAUGGAAGAGUGGUCCAGCGGAGGUGAAACACUGGAAGGACAUGAUGGGCCGGCCGCGUACUAAUGUGGCCCAAUGGCACGCUCUCAAGGCCUGAUCAUCCCGCCUACCCCCUCUUCAGUGGCCCCGCCCCUCCCCCUAGUCACCAACAUUAAGGCCCUCCCCCUCCCUCCAACAUCCAAUCCCCGUCCUUAUGCACAGCACUGACUAGCUGCCAGGCUGCGAAACACGGGUACAAUUAGCCAUCCGCUCUCUAUACCUUUAAACCCCUCGGCUCUCUUCUCCUCCUCUCUAUCUAUUUCUGCUUCUCUCUAUAUUUCUUCCUGUUUUCUUUUUAUUCAACCCCUGUCUCCCUCCUUCACUCUGCCAAUGGUCCCCCUGUUUCUGUUUGUCUGCCUCUGUGUGUGUGAGAGUGUCUGUCUCUGAGGGUUUUUUCUUCCCUGUCUUCCCCAUCCCUGGUCUUCUCUUCCCUGUCUUCCCCAUCCCUGGUCUUCUCUUCCCUGUCUUCCCCAUCCCUGGUCUUCCCCAUCCCUGUCUUCCCCAUCCCUAAUCUUCUCUUCCCUGUCUUCCCCAUCCCUGGUCUUCUCUUCCCUGUCUUCCCCAUCCCUGGUCUUCUCUUCCCUGUCUUCCCCAUCCCUGGUCUUCUUUUCCCUGUCUUCCCCAUCCCUGGUCUUCUCUUCCCUGUCUUCCCCAUCCCUGGUCUUCUCUUCCCUGUCUUCCCCAUCCCUGGUCUUCUCUUCCCUGUCUUCCCCAUCCCUGGUCUUCUCUUCCCUGUCUUCCCCAUCCCUGGUCUUCUCUUCCCUGUCUUCCCCAUCCCUGGUCUUCUCUUCCCUGUCUUCCCCAUCCCUGGUCUUCUCUUCCCUGUCUUCCCCAUCCCUGGUCUUCUCUUCCCUGUCUUCCCCAUCCCUGGUCUUCUCUUCCCUGUCUUCCCCAUCCCUGGUCUUCUCUUCCCUGUCUUCCCCAUCCCUGGUCUUCUCUUCCCUGUCUUCCCCAUCCCUGGUCUUUGACUGUUCUACAGACCCUACUUGUAUCUGUUUCUGGAGCCAUUUUGGAAAUGAUGUCCCAAUGAAUCACAGCUUUCAAAAAAAAAUAAUAAUAAUAAUAAUAAUGCCUGUGUACAAAUAUUAACAAAUAUCCCACGUAAAAAUACUAUGAGUAUAAAGUAAGUCUGAGACAGACACAACCCCUCUAGACAAUACUAUGGAAACUUACGGUGUGACGUCCCCAUCUCUUCUCUCCUGUGUGACCUCUCUCUCUCUCUCUCUCUCUCUCUCUCUCUCUCUCUCUCUGGCACAAUAUUAGUGACUCUCCCCCUUACUUGACCCCUUGUCGUCUGUGUGCUGUGUUGUAGCUCCAACAAACGUAGAGAUUAUUUAAAAACUAAAUGAACUGAACUGGGAUGACAGGAGGAAAACAGUCAACUUCCCGGAAGGCUUCAUCCUGGUAUUCCUGGUACAGGAAGAAGAAAGCCCUGACGACGAGCAGAGAAAAACCAGAAGACAAAACAACAACAAAAUAAAUACUAUGAUGUCAUUUUUCAUAAAAAUCUAACAACUGAAGAAUACCAAUCAAAAUGUUCUUCCAACGAUAUAGAAGAAGCAAAAAGCUGAGUUUUAUUGAGCCGUGGUCUGGUGCGGUCUGGUGUGUGUGUGUGUGUGUCUGUGUGUGUGUGUGUGUGUGUGUCUGUGUGUCUGUGUGUGUGUCUGUGUGUGUGUCUGUGUGUGUGUUCUCUAACGCAGCACACCACUCAAACCUCUUAUGUAGGAUAUCUUCUCCUUCUCUCUGUCUUCAUCUAUCACUCUCUCUCUCUAACUGGUUUCUCUUCUCUCUGUCUCCAUCUAUCACUCUCUCUCUCUCUCUAACUGGUUUCCUCUCCAUCUAUCACUCUAUCACUCUCUCUCUCUCUCUCUAACUGGUUUCCUCUCCAUCUAUCACUCUAUCUCUCUCUAACUGGUUUCCUCUCCAUCUAUCACUCUCUCUCUCACUAACUGGUUUCCUCUCCAUCUAUCACUCUCUCUCUCUCUCUCUCUCACUGGUUUCCUCUCCAUCUAUCACUCUAUCUCUCUCUCUCUAACUGGUUUCCUCUCCAUCUAUCACUCUCUCUCUCUCUCUCUCUCUCUCUCUCUCUCUCUCUCUCUCUCUCUCUCUCUCUCACUGGUUUCCUCUCCAUCUAUCACUCUAUCUCUCUCUAACUGGUUUCCUCUCCAUCUAUCACUCUAUCUCUCUCUAACUGGUUUCUUCUCCAUCUAUCACUCUGUCUCUCUCUAACUGGUUUCCCCUUCUCUCUUUCUUUCUUUAGCCCCUCCUUCCAACGAGGGCUUGGGGGAAUUUUAUCUGCACUUUUAAAAAAAUGUAAUAAUAAUAAUAAUAAUAGUUUUCUUGAUGUAAAUGAUAACACUGAUAAUGCUGAAGAUGGUAAUGAAGGUGACGGUGACUACAGGGAGUGGGAUCUGAAGGGGUGAGCAGCAGUAGAAUGGAGAGGUCUGGUCUGAGCUAGGAUAGGUUUAAGUCCCAAAUGGCACCCUAUUCCCUAUGUAGUGCACUACUUCCUAAUGAGCUCUGGUCAAAAGAAGUGCACUACAUAGGGUAUAGGGUUCCAUUUUGGGACUGCACUGUGAUUCAGGUCCGGAGGUCGGUUUGGGUCAGUCAGGGAUCUGGAGCUAGAGAGAUACGAGGAAGAGAUGCUUGUAGAUUGUGAUUUGUAGGCUGUACGUGUAUUUGUCUGUCUGUGGCUGUGGAAGACAGGGGCAGGAGAAUCUCUCAUUUCAUGAUUCUGUCUAAACCGCUCUGUGUAAUGUUCUGGAAACAUUUGUAUUUUUCUGCUAAUUCUGCUGUUUUCUUCUGUUCUGUCCUGACCUCAUCAACCCAGCUGGCCAGAACACUUUGCUCUAAGAUUUUCCUAUUGCACAGCAUUAUUUUUGGCCACAUUCAAUGGGAAUGCCUUGGGGGGGCUCUUUGUUUUUUGGUGUUUGAAUGUAAGAAAUCAGAUGGAAACCAGUUCUGUGAUUUGUAAGAGAACAUCAGACCCCUUGACAGUCAGUGUACUUCCAUACCAAAGUGUUCUGUAUAUACAGGGCACACCACAAGCUAUAUGGGAUGUGUGAUGAUACACAUUCUCUUUCCCUCUCUCCUUCUCUCUCUCUGCCCCUCUCCUCUCUCUCUCCCCCUCUCUCCCCCCUCUCUCUCUCUCUCUCUCUCUCUCCCCCUCUCUCUGUCUCUCUCUCUCCCCCUCCCCCCCUCUCUGUCUCUCUCUCUCUCUCUCUUCCUCCCCCCUUCUCUCCUCUCUCAAUACACAGGGGCUUUAUUGGCAUGGGGAAAUAUGUUUACAUUGCCAAAGCAAAAAACGAUCUCCUCUCCUCUCCUCUCUCUCCCUUCCCCUCUAUCCUCUAUAUGUCUCUCUCCCUCUUGCGUGAGUGGUUAGUCAGUGUGCUGUAACAUGCUGGGCCACUCCAGUCCCCUUCAGAACAAUCAUCCAAUGGAGGAACAGAGGAACCCUGUUUUGACAGCCUAGUGCCUGGGGUGUCACAGCACGUUACGCUCCCAUUCAACUGUCAGAGAGGAGCAGAACAGACUCUCUCCCCUCUCCACUGCCCUCCUCUCUCCUCUCUCCCCUCUCCUCUCUCCCCUCUCCACUGCCCUCCUCUCUCCUCAGCCCUCCUCUCUCCUCUCUCCCCUCUCCUCUCUCCCCUCUCCACUGCCCUCCUCUCUCCUCAGCCCUCCCUCUCCUCUCUCCUCUCUCCUCUCUCCUCUCUCCACAGCCCUCCCUCACCUCUCUCCCCUCUCCUCUCCACUGCCCUCCUCUCUCCUCUCUCCUCUCUCCUCUCUCCCCUCUCCACUGCCCUCCUCUCUCCUCUCUCCACAGCCCUCCCUCUCCUCUCUCCUCUCUCCUCUCCCCUCUCUCCUCUCCCCUCUCCACAGCCCUCCCUCUCCUCUCCAAGUUCCUCUCCCCAGCCUCCCACAACUCUCAUAACAGCCUCCCUCUCCCUUUCUCUCUCCUCAAUCCCUCCUCCCCACCCCUUCCCCCCAGGCCCUGCGGUCACAGGAUUCAGGGAGGAUUCAGCUAAAAAUAAUGAGCCGUGCAGGCUAGGGGACUGGGAGUCAGGGAGUAGGGGGUAGGGGAGUAGGG